AUGACUGAGCACACCAAAUCCGCCCUUGAGAUCAACGACGACAAACUCGAAGAGGCCACUACAACCGCUGUCGAGAAUGUGGCCUCGGAGACCAAGUCGGCAGUGCCACAAACUGGGGCAGCACAUGAGUUGACCCUACGAAAGGUUCUUCGUGAUCAUCCAGCGCUAGUAUGGUGGUCCUUCUAUUGGGCUAUGGCUGGUGUGGCGUGGGGGUUUGAUGCUCAGAUCAAUGGAAGUGUUUUGUCGAUUUCAUCGUUUCGUCUUGCGUUCGGAUACGAGCAGAACGGCGAAGUGAUCUUACCAGCUCGAUGGCAAACCGCCUUCAACACCGUCAGUAGCGUGGGACAGUUCUUCAGUUGCUUCCUAUGCUCAAUGCUGAGUGAUCGCAUCGGUCGCAAAGGAGGCCUCCUAGUGGGCCUAGUCUUCUUGACGGGAGGCAUUUUGGGAGAAAUGUUCGCUGAUGUACCUGGGGGUUUUGUCGCCGUCAAACUCAUUCUUGGAUUUGGUUUGGGCUUCUUGCUCACCCUUGGACCCUUGGCGACAUCAGAAAUAACUCCCGUGGUGCUGCGUGGAGUGGCGACAGCUGGCGUGAAUCUGGGUAUUGCUAUCGGCCAGCUGGUAUCUAACGGCGUCAUCAAGGGCUUUGGCUCCCGUUCUGACACAUGGGCAUACCGCGGUCCUUUUGCCAUACAGCUCUUCUUUGUGGCUUUCUUGCUCGCUGGUCUGCCCUUCGCCCCAGAGACUCCAUGGUACCUGGCUCGUAAGGGCCGGCAACAAGACGCGGCACGAUCUCUGCAACGUCUGUAUGGACCCAAUUUCGACGUCCAAACCAUGCUGGAUAAUAUCCAGCGAACCAUUAACGAGGAAAAUGAGACAUCGCCUGAUCAUGAGACAUCCUGGGCUCAAUGCUUCCGCGGCACGGAUCUGAAGCGUACAAUGAUUAGUAUGGGCGUCUUCGUGUGCCAGCACUUUGCGGGAAUCAUCUUUGUCUUAGGUUAUUCAACCUACUUCUUCGAACUGGCUGGACUGCCCAAUUCCCAGAGUUUCAGUCUGGGUGUUGGUGUGACUGCCUGUGGUGUUCUGGGCAACAUCCUCAGUUGGUUCAUCGUCAAUUCACUGGGCCGACGCAAGAUCUUCCUCACCGGCAUGGUCUCCUUGUUCUUGAUUCUCAUGCUGAUCGGCAUCAUGGACGUUGUGCCAACUUCUGGCGCACACUGGGUUCAGGCUGCGGUUACGGUUAUCUAUAGCUUUGUCUAUUUCGGCACUAUUGGAGCAAUGGCUUUCACUAUUCUCGGCGAGACUAGUAGCGCUGCGCUACGUGCCCGAACGACCGGUCUUGCUACCGCUACUCAGGCUGUCAUGGGAAUCAUCAUGAAUUUUGCCUGUCCAUACAUGGUCAACCCCGACGAGGGCAAUCUCAAGGGCAAAGUAGGGUUCGUUUUCGGGGGUCUUUGUGCUCUUGCGACCGUUUGGAGCUUCUUCUAUGUCCCUGAACUCAAGGGGCGAUCCAUGGACGAGAUCGAUCGACUAUUCGCCCUUCGCAUCAAGCCUCGGAAAAUGGGUACCUAUAAACUCCAUUGA